ACUGUCAGCAUGUCAAUUGUCAGCAACACGGAUGUAAACAUAAAAAAAUCUUUGUUACCUACGAUUGGUUUAUUGUAUAUUGUACUUAUUGUAAAUACCAAAUUCUCUUACAUUUACCGUUUUAUCAUCGGAUACAACUUUGUUUAUCAUGUGAACUAAAAAAAUAAAAGUAAGUGAAAAACCGAACACUAAUAUUAAAAAAAAACAUUAAGGUUGUCUCCUACAUAUUAAUUCAACAAAAAACGAAAUGUUUAUAAGUUUAAUCUCAUAUUGGGCUAGAAAGAAAACAUACGCAAUAUGCUUAUUAGUAGUAGUGGGGUUAAUUAUUAUAAGUUUAUACCUUAAUAACCUGCAGCAACAAUAUGACAAGACUCUGACAUCCGAGCGGUGCAUAUCGGAGCUGAAGUCGGUGAAAUAUCAACUAAAUGUUGUAACGGAGUAUAAGAAUCGCAUUGACAAACUGCUGACAGACACACAGAAGUACCAGGAGGCCGACAAGGAGAGGUUCAAGGAUGUAAUGGAGAGCUGCUUUGCUAUGAGGCAGCAGAGCGUUCUAUGCCAGAAUCAAUUUGAAGAUUUGCAAGCAGAAAGCAAGAAACUUAGAGCAGAUUAUGAGAGAGUUUCUAAAGAGCUUGAAUUACUUAAGAGUCAAUCAAAUCCAAGGUAAACUGAACCAUUGCUUGUAACUUGUAAUGAAACCCAAAGAAUUUGAAUAUAUAUUAAUCAUAAUCUAGACUCAAAUACAUAUAUAUAUAUAUAUAAAAUAUAAUUCUGUAUGUAAUUUCUAAGCAAUAUGAUAUAGGUGUUAGAAAAUAGGAAGUUCUCUGCUGAACCUUGCCCUUCCUUAAAGAUUUCCACAACAACCUAUUCAGCAGUGGACAAAUGUGGAAAUAUUGUUUUAAUUUUUAUGUAUCCAUACUUAAUAAUUAUAAAUAAAUCAAUUAAUUCCUUCAAUUUUUUAAAAAUACUUCUAUAAUUUAAGUAAUAACUUUAGUAAUCUUUGAAUACUGAAGCUUAAUACAAUAUAAUCUAAUUCAGUAAUUUAACACUAUAACCUGGUUUCAUUAUGAUAUUUGUUUUUAAUAUAAUGUAACAAUAUUUUAGUAAGCAAAACUUAAAAUAUUAAAAGCCACAUUUAUUAUGAAUGGCUCCAAUCUAUGUUCAACCAUUAAGUACCUUUUGUAAGUCUGUUGAAUUGUGAUUAAAAUAUACCAACACAUACAGGGUAAUUUUGACAUUGCGUUAUUAAAUGAAACCACAUACUCAUCUCUACCUCUGCUAACGUUAUACCAAAAAUCAUCCAUAAAUGACGGAUAUUUAUACAAAAAAUCCCGAUUUUGUAGUUUAGUGUGAGUAUGGCGUGUGCGUGAGUGUAAUUCAGACUGAAAGUGUGAUGUCGCUGCGACGAAUUCUCCUAGAGUA